GUGUGGCAGCUGAAAGGAGAAUGGUCACGAGCGUAGUUGCGAAGGCUGCUGCCCAUGAGCUAUGCGCCACUUUUGACGACGACGAAGAAGAAGAAGAAGAGGCCGCCGCUGGAACGCCACUGUUCAGGACGCAAAGCUCUCUAGGCAAAUUAAGCUCUUGCUCUACACGAAGGUUUCCCGGAGCAUCCAUCGGCACCUCUGCUGUAAUCCCGAUAGGGCAAUCGCCACUAAGUAUGGACCGCAACAUACCCGCACCAGUUCCUCGAACUCUGGAGCCAGUGCAUAACCAGCCAAGGAGGGCACAUAUUAAAGCUGCAUCGACGUCACCGCACGUCCAACCACUACGACUGCAGCAUAAUGUCAUCCAGGACCAAAGCAAACCCAUACAGGAACAGCCAGUUUCAGCGCAAGGCAGUCGUAAUCCCAAAUCGCUCGCCGGGGCAUCAAGGGAUCCCCCGACACAAAAAGAGGAGACUCAGGGAGAUUUGGGCUUCUUGGACAACAGAGGUCAACUAAUCAUACACUAUAUGGAACAUACAGGUGACGAUCGGCUCCUUGUGUGCGACAGCGAUGGUAGCAUGACCUGUUCCUUCAGUCAGGAGCAAAAUUGCUGCGAACAGGUCUGUUGCCUGGGAAACGCCAGUUGCGCCCUGCAUGGUAAGGACGUUAAGGGUCGUCUUGAGCUGGAGCUGUACCGACCGCUACGAUGCCAGAGCGGAGUCAGAGGAUAUUACUGCUGCAGUUUUUCUAGACAGCUACAAAGCACUGUUCUGGAAGAUCCUAAUUUGUCAGAGGCGUCGUAA